AUGAUCCGACAAGCAUCGUCGUUCGCACAUAACGAGAAGUUUCCUGAGAUGGACGAGUUGGGAUUAAAUCCUCCUGUCGAUCCGCCGCCAGCAAGCCCCGAGAUUGAUGCAUUGUUUGAAUUGUAUAGGGCAGUUGCUCGAGGAGAUGAUGACAUUGUUCGGUCCAUGGUGUCAGAGGGACGGCCUUUGAGUAAAUUGAAUUCCCUCAAAGCCUCACCGGUCCUCCUCUCGGUGUGGAAUAACGAUCCUCGGAUGUUAUCGAUGCUUUUGGAGUCCGGCGCUGACGGCAGUAGCAUCGAUAGAAAAGAUAAUGUUGCGACAUUGCUGGCUCUGGCAUUGAAAACCGUCCGAACAGGCAACUGCAGGCUGGUAAAGUGCACUGCGGCUGAUCCUGGCGGAGUUACUCCAGUGGAGGCGGCAGAUGAUCGGGAUGAUAUGAUCGAGGCUUUGAUCGGCCGGAGUUCAUUGCAGAGAAGGUGA